GUUUAUCUUCCAGAAAGCCCAGCGUGGGCAAGCAUUCAGAAGGCACAUGCAAAACUGGCCGCUGCACAGCAGCAAACUUCUUGCAGACUCUUCCAGACAUUUUCCCUCAGUGUGUGGUUUGUAUGCGCAGCGGAGUUUCUUCGCGGUGUCUCCUUUUCUGCAAUCUUUGCAAUCUUUGCGCUUUUUGCCAACAGAGUAUUUGACCUUGACUCCGUCUCCAUUGGCUUCGCAGUUUGCAGUGGAGCUUUGUGCUUGAUCGGGACAAACAUUUGGAUUUGCCCUCAUUUGGACACCUACCUCGGUCACGUCGGCUGCGCAACUCUUGGCAUGAUGCUGAUUGCCUUUGGAGAGGUGAUUUUGGCCUACUCUCCUGUACUGAAGCUCUCACUCUUUGGAAUGUGCAUCGUUUAUGUUGGCCAAGCAGUGGCGGGCUGUACGAUUGCAACCAUAACUUCUGUGCUGGCUACCGACGAGAAUAGAGGAUGCGUGAUGUCAAUGCAGCAGAUGGCGCAAGCUUUGGGCCGAGUAUUUGGACCUAUGAUUCUGAGCACAUUGUUUAGCAUAGAUCCUCGAUAUCCUUACGCAUGCGCUGCCGCUGCUGCCAUGAUUGGUGGUCUCGUGCUUAUGAGCUUGGGGCAGUCUUUCAGAAAGAGAGCCAUUGACACUCCUUUUGUUCCCAUCCCGUCACCUGCUCCUUGGGCCAUCGAGGAUUACAGUGAAGAAGACGUAGAAGACUUGGGCCGAUUUCUGUGUGAACUUCUGACCAGUCGACACUACAGGUUCCGGGAUCCUGAAAAACGGACCGCGCUGAAGAAGAACUUGGAGAUUCUUUUCCCGCCGCUUACCAAUGAUGACAACUUUAAUGCUGAGUCCAGAGAAGAAGGUCCUAAGAAUUUUGGCAGCCUGAACGGGCAGUCAGAUCCUUCUGCCUCUCUCGCCGUGGGACAGUUUGUAGUUCGGAGAACGCCUGGGGCAGCCGGCAACCGACGGCGUUUUGGCGGAGUGCGCAACCAGACCCUGCCGCAGGACAUCUUGAGUGACCUCAGAUUUUGGAGAGAUGUGCCAGAUGCAGUUGCAGCUGUGGGGAUGAGUUCCGGAUAUUUGUUGCUGAACAAGUGGUGGUUGAGAGGCCAGUCGCUGGGCAAGGUUUUAGAUUGCAAUAUUUUAAAGUGCAUCUGUGAUGCCCCUGCUGAAGUUUUUGAGAUGAAUUGGCAAUAUUUGGAAGGGUCACCAGCUACUGCUCAUUUUGUGGUGGCGCUUUCCGGCGCUUUCAUCGCUUUCAUGCUGACAAAAAAGAUCUUGGGUGAGUCUUUGCACGUUUUUGGGCAUAGCUUCCGGCUCAAGCCGGCCACGAAUGAAGUUGCCGACCAUGGUGGCUUGGUGGCAGCAUAUGAAGCGAAAAAGGAUCCGGCGUAUGGAGCUGUCGAGGGUGGCUUCCAGAAAGAUCAGAGCUUCAGCAGCUUCACGCCGGGCAAGCGAAAGCGGCUGAACCUUGUUGCCAUCUUUGUGAGCUUGCUGACUCCUUGGGUUCUGUUUUGCAGCAUUUUUGCUGCCCUGUCCUUCCAGCUACACUAUUGGAGCCCCUCAGCAGCGUGGUCAUCGGUUGCGGCUGGACUGGCGCUGACAGGCAUUGCAGCGUUCUUCGCACGCAGGAAUCAAAUUCGUGAGCAAGACCCUUCAUGGUUCACUUUUGCGGCUCUUGCGUUUUUCGCCGCAACGGUGCUUGCAGCUAUUCUUGGAGAUAUGAACUACUGGUACAACAUGCGGCCAUACUAUGAUAUUGAAAAUAUCAACUCUUAUCCUGACGUGAAUCCAGCGAGAGAAAGAGGUUUAGAUGGGCGGUACAACCCGGACUGGCCAACUUCCUCUGCGACUGCUGCAGCCUACAAUGCAGUUGUCCUGGAAGCGGAUCGCUUCCGUGGCGACCAAGCCCAUCGCCAGCAAGCCCUCUCAGCUGUUUUAGACAAAGCGCAACUGGCGCAGCUGAUGGUGACUGCAGAGGACGCCAGUGGCCGAGCCCACCUGCAGCGGGGGCAUGGCUGUCGGCCCGCCCAUCUCCGGCCCUUGGCCUUGACUUGGUUUGCCUGUUCAUUGGCGUCCAUGUUUGGCGUCUUGGUGGCCUCCAAGUAUGGCUUUGACGCGCCCUUGAUGUCCUACGAUUUUUGGGCUGUGGGCGUGAACUGCUGCGGAUUGUCUGCCAACAGCUUUCGAUGUGGCGAGUAUAGCAAUCCCAAAGCCCAUGCUGGACUGCGGCUAAUGAGCGAAGACCAGAGGCCAUUCUUCCGGCUUGCAGUGCAGCAGGCGGAAGCAGCCUAUAACAUUAAAGCGAAUCACCCUUUGUUCUUCUACUGGAUGCAGGAUCCGGUGGCCGAAAUCAUGCACUACAAAACCACUGGCUUUGCAUGGGCGUUGGCAGCGAUUGCUGCACAUUUCGCGUUUAACUUGUUGUGUGUUGGAGGUGCGGCCUUUGCUUUCUCCAAGUUGGCUCAUGAGUUCUGA